CGUUUUGCUGCUCUCCCGCUGCACAGCUGAACAUAUUUCGUGCGGCAACACCGAGCCGACUCCCGGACAGAAGCUCACGUGACGCGCUGCGGCAACGACAGCGCGCCAGACGCCACAAAGAGGCCGCGUUCAAAAAGGGCGCGCCAAUUAUCUCUGCGAAGCACGUUCGGCUGGGCCCCAAAUGGCGCAGCCGUCCGGCGCACAACGUGUCCCCGUCGUCGAGGCCGAGGCGCCGCCCGCGCCGCCGCGGGGAAAGCUCGUCCUGCGGCGCCAGCAGACGCAGGAGGGCGCCGCCGCGCUGCUCGGCCUCGCGGCGCGCGCGCCCGCCGCCGCCCCGCCCGCUGACGCGACGGAGAGCCUCCAGCCGUACGAGGGCAACGACGACUGCACCGUCGUCACGACCGAGAGCGGGCGAAAGCCGAAACGGCCGCAUCGGAAGCGCGCUUCCGGACGGGCCAGGGCACGCGCGCCCGCCGUCCCCGUGCCCGCGGCGCCGGCGCCGGCGCCGGCGGUGGGCUGGAGCCCCGACGCGGGCGGCCUGAGCAUCUUCGCCGGGCUGACGGGCCCCGGCGCGCCGCCGCGCGCGCGGCCGCUGCCGCCGCCGUUCCGCGCGGGCCGGCCGCGCGUCGCGCUGCGCCUGGACCGGGCGGCCUUCGCGGGCGUCGUGGACCAGGGGACGCUGCGCUACUUCCCCGGCGAGGUGCUGUCGCAGACGCGGCCGGCGCCGCCGCCGCCGCCGCCGGGCGGCGCGCGGCGCGCGCUCUUCGUGGGCGACGCCGCGCCCUUCUUCGACGACGGCGCGGCGCGGCCCGCGGCCCUGAGCGCGCUGACGCACAUCGCGCGGGAGACGGGCUGCGUCGUCGUCGUGUCGUCGACGGCGCCGCGCGGCGUCGCGGCGGCCCUGGGCGCGGCGCUCGGCGCCGAGAACCUGCGCGCGGCCGCGGCCGUGGCCUUCCCGGGCAGCGGCCUCGCGUCCCCCGCCGAGCGCCAGGUCCUCGAGGUGCUCCAGUGGCUCGCGCGGCGGCCCGACGGCGCGACGCGCCGCUGGGCCUGCCUCGACGCGAGUGGUGAUCUGAGGACGGCCUACCUGGCCGUCGCGCGCGCGGCCCGCGCCGCGCCGGCGCUCGCGUCGCGCUUCGUCCGCGCGCCGGCCUUUGACGAGGGCACGCUGCACGCCGUGACGACGCGGCUCGACGCCGCCGCCGCCGCGGCGCCGCGCGCGCCGCCGCCGGCGCCCGCGCGGCCGGCGGCCUUCGCCGUGCCCGUCCGGGCGCCGCCGCCGCUGCCGCCGCCGCCGCCGGUGCCCGUGCGCGGCCGCUUCGACGAGUUCGCCUUCCGCGAGGUGCCGAGUCCGGCCAAGCCGAGCCCGGCCAAGCGCGAGCGGAGGGCUCCACCGUCGCCGCGGUCGCCGGCGCUCAAGCGCCUCCGCCGCGAGAGCGCGUCGCCGGUGCUCGUCGCGACGGUGUGA